ACAUGUUCGAUAAGACCAGGUCGGGACGCAUGGACGUGUACGGCUUCUCGGCCUUGCUGCGCUUCAUCCAGCAGUGGAAGAGCCUCUUCCAGCAGUACGACAGGGACCAGUCGGGCUCCAUCAGCUGCAGCGAGCUCCAGCAAGCUUUCUCCCAGAUGGGCUAUAACCUGAGCCCCCAGUUCAGCCAGCUGCUGCUGGCCCGCUACGCCCAGCGAUCCUGCAACCCCGGCAUCCAGCUCGACCGCUUCAUCCAGAUCUGCAUGCAGCUCCAGAGCACGACCGACGCCUUCCGCGAGAAGGACACGGGGCUGGUGGGCAACGUGCGGCUCAGCUACGAGGACUUCCUCACCAUGGUCGUGACGCGCAUGAUGUGA